GUAAUGUUGUGGCGGAAGUCAGUUGAUGGAGAUGUAGUUAUGUCACAUUUGUGACUAAUCUCGUGUUUUCGCCAUGAGAAAGCUAGGAAACGAGCAGUAAUGCUCAAGUACCAUGAAGACACUUAUACAGCACAGUUGGGUCUGUUCUUUCACAGAGUUGUAUAUCAGUGAUGACCUUGCUCGAAGGAAAUUCUGGAUGUUUUUCACAAAUUAGAACAUAGAUGACAAGGACAUCAUGUCGGAAGAGAGUUUAAGGGAAUCAAUUCUUUAUCAAAGUUCUCAAGAUCAUGAUGAUCAGGAAGAUGGUGGAAUUGGCAGACUGGACAACACUGCUGCAUCCGACCUGCUGGAGCAGCAGCAGGCGAUGGAGCAGGCACGACUCCUGACACGGUUCCGGGAGCUGCGUCAGUGGCAGCUGCAGCAGCAGGAGCAGUUGAUGCAGCAACAGAAGACUCAGCUGGAGGGACUGAGGCAGGAACAGCUGAAGGUGCAGACUCUGCUGCACAGGGAGAGAGAGAUACAGUGGGGCGGAGGGAAAGGUGAGGCAAUGUUGUGGGUGGAGGGAGGGAAAGGUGAGGCGAUGUUGUGGGUGGAAGGAGGGACAGGCGAGGUGAUGUUGUGGGUGGAGGGAGGGACAGACCCCGCCCGUCGGCACCCACCUCUCCCUGCCAACAAGGACCUGAUGACUGCCCUGAUGUCAGUAGUCGGGAGCCAAGACCCGCUAGCUGUCACAUUAGACCAGUCUGUGUCUCAGUCCAAGUCAUCUCUCCCCAUGCCGGUGCUGUAUGGAUCUCCGACGCCGAUGUUAGAUGACACCAGCACCAACCCAGAGUUGUUCAGCAACCCGGAGUCUCGCCCAGACUACCAGAGAGACAUCGACACUGUGGAUGAGGGAGUGUGUCCCAUUCCUGACACUGCCUCUGAGAUAAGUGAUGGAUCUUAUUUGCCUCAUGGUCAAAAGAAAAACUUUAUAAGGAGUCAACCCUUCCUCGGCGACCUGGCUUCUGACACAGCUUCAGUAAGGAGUGACGGAUCAUACAUCCCUCCCAAACAGUUUAUGCAGCGGAAUGGUAACACUAUGCCCAUGCAGAUGCCGUUGUCGCCUGAUGCAGCAUCCCUGUUGCAGACUCUGCUUCAGACAACCAAAGCAGACACGUUGAAACAGAUGCUGGGUCUCGUCCCUCCUGAACGCGUCAUGAUUCCAGAUCAGCCACAAGGGAUGAGGCACAGAGUUGUGGAUAGUGAUCUUGGUCCGGAUUCGUCAUCAGUUAGAAAGGCAUGGAGAGGACAGUGGUGGUCAACACAGGCGGAGUGCGGAGUACAGACAUACCAGUCAAGGGGAGAGAGACUUGGUCAGGUUCAGCCUGACAUGGACAGGCUGCUAAGGGACACACAAGUUGAAGGUCACUGGAAUCAUAGGAAUGGGAAACAGCUUGAUGAUGUGGUAGAGGAAGACAGUUUAAUGGAACUGGAAGAAGCAGACAUCACUGUUCAAGAGGUCCAGGAGGUGAAGGUGCUUGGUAUUGAUGACAGGCCCAUCAAGCCAGGCUUGGCAGGCAAGAAGACGUUUGACCAGUUGUUGGAGGAACAGAUGAAGGAAGAGGAGGAGAGGCUAAGAGCAGGUGCAUAUGAUUCCCCCAGUGCCAGGAGGAAGCCGUUUCUACGCAAAGGUCAUGGUUUGGCCAGGUUCGGCCCUGGUAACAAAAGGGCUGCCCCUAGAAAACCUGUGACCACUGAGAAAACCCUUGACAACAAACCAUCUGCCAACACCGAGGCAAAGCCUAUCAGUAAAGUAGGGAAAGUCAGCAAGGCUGCUCCCAAACCAAAGAAGUCCGCAAAUGUUCCUUCUCACAAGGUCAGCAAGGAGCAGCAAUCUAGUCAGACAAAUGGACCAAAGAAGGAAGCGUCUCCCAAAAGGACCACAGCCAGAGUCUCGCCACGUCGCUCUCCAAAAAUCAAGACGGUGUCACACCGUGACUCCCCACCAGAUGUAAGGAGGGAGACAGACCCACCUGGGAUGAAGAAGGUUGACCUGGCAGAAGAAGCUGGGCAGUUUGAUGAUGACGCUUCAUUUGUGGGGAAAAUCAGGAAAAUUGAAGAAAACAAGAAGGUGGAAGAAGAUGAGCUGGAGGUGUUUGAGCUUCUGGAGGAUUUCGCUGACAACGUCUCCUUCUGCAGCAACUCCUCUGUGGUGUCACGGCUGCUGCAGAAGGGCCGUGAAGAACACAAGGUAAAUGUGAAAAAUGUCAAGGCUGUUAUUGAAGCUAAGAAGUAUGAGAAGGAGAAGCUAACUGGACAUGGUACCAACAGUGGAUCAAGGAAACCUCAGCUCCCUGCAGACACUGAGAUGUCCCCCAAGGGGAGAGACACGUCACUGAUAGACGGGGUGGACCUCGACACUUCCUCCGACACCCUCACAGACUCCUCAUCCUCCACGGAGUCUUCAGACGAGGAGUAUGAGAAGGUCAAGGUCACACCCACGAAGAAGACCGAUGUGAGAUCUAGUGAAGUGAAUCAGUCAUAUGAGGCAUUAUUUGAUCAAAGUCAAAAGGAAGGAUUUGUGUUUGUGAACAAUAAAAACAGCGAUAGUGACGCUUUUAGAUCAUCUGAUUCAGAAAUACGGACUUCAGUGCCUUUGUCUCCAACCAAAUCAUUGACUCGCAAAAUCGCUGUUAAAGAUGCUAGGCUUGGCGACUCCAGCGAGAUGCAGUCUAUUCUGGAGAGACUGGCAGCCGGGAACGAGGGAGUGUCGAAAGGGCCGGACGUACACGUAGGGGUCAUGACAGAUCCCAGAAGGUCUCGGGACCAGGUGAUAGUGAAUCAGAUGUUUCAUGGUGACCCCAUUGGUGGUGGUCCCCAGACCAAAAGCUCAAGCAGCAGUGAGGAUAGUACCGAAGAAGACGAUAGUGACACUAGCAUUACCCAGGUCAAAGGUCAGAAGUCACAUGAUCCAGAGGUGGAGGACACCUCCAUGUUUGAUGAUGAGGCUGAGUGGGCAGUUUCAGCUCCACAAACACAGGUGGCCAUUUUGGAUGCUGAGUCGGCGAAUCAGGAGGCUGACAAGUCGACGCCACCUACAUCCCGACUGGUUGCGCGACUGUUCCCCAAACUAAAGAACACGAACCAGGUGAAACAGGCAGAGAAACACCAACAGGAACAGCAGAAGCUGCAGGCAGCUGCCAAGGCAGCGCUAGGUGAUGGGGUGCAGUCCAAGAUUCUUCGGGAUAAACUGUCUGAGCUCGACAAGGAGAUCGAGAAAUUCCGUAACGAAAACGCUGGUCUUGAAAAGUUGCGGAAAGACAGAGAGGAGUUGUUGGGCAAGUUGCGACAGGAGAUCUGUGAUUUUGAGAAGGAGAAGGACUUGGAGGUGAAGAGCCUGGAAGAGUUCCGUGCCCAGGAGAUUAAAAAGCUCAAUGUGGUGUGUUUGUCGGAGCUGCAGGACGAGAUGAAGAAGAAGGAAGCGAGGUGGACGUCGGCAAACAACCGUCUGCGCAGCGUGGAGGUAGUGGAGAUGGAGAACCAAGAGCUGAAGGAGGAGGAGGUCAAGUUGCUGAGAUGGAAGCGGAGUGUGCAGUGGUGGACACAGAAGAAUGGCGUCCAAAAGAGUUUCCCACGGAGCAGCACUCCAACAGAGGACAAGGAGAGGGGUUUCAAUAGUGCAGCCAACGUCAGCCAUGAUUCCAGAUCUUCAAGUCAGUCCCCCGAUGAUGACACCAGCUCUGUCGGUGCCGUUGUCAACCUUCCUCGGAAACAAACCACCAAGUUCUCGUCAGAGAAUCCUGCUAUCGACAAGGGUGACCGAGAAUAUGAGGAGACCCAGUACCCAGACGGGAAGGUGGAGAGAAUGUACAGUAAUGGGGCCCGGGAAAUACUUUUUGCCAACGGAACAAGGAAGGAGAUCUCAUCAGAUGGCCAGUCAAUCAUAGUGUCCUUCUUUAAUGGCGACAUUAAACAGAUCUUCCCAGACCAACGAGUGGUGUAUUUCUACGCUGAUGCUCAGACCACCCACACAACUUACCCUGAUGGCCUGGAGAUCCUGCAGUUUCAGAACAACCAGAUAGAGAAGCACUACCCAGAUGGCACGAAGGAGAUCACAUUCCCAGACCAGACCAUCAAGUAUCUGUUUCCGAAUGUCGAGGAGAGCAUCUUCCCUGAUGGCACCGUGAUCCGCGUGAAGACUGGAGACAAGACCAUGGAGUUUCCGAAUGGUCAGCGAGAAAUACACACUGAGGCGUUCAAGAGGAGGGAAUAUCCAGAUGGCACAGUGAAGACUGUGUACCCUGACGGCCGCCAGGAGACUCGGUACUCUACAGGGAGGAUACGGCUCAAGGACAAGGACGGGAACGUCAUCAUGGAUCGGAUGUGUUGACAGCAGCGUCACCGUACAUCAUGUUCCUGGUGGUUUUAUAUGAGGUGCCAUAUUCAGGUGGUUAAAGACUUGGGUUCGAUUCCGCACAGGUACAAUGUGUGGAGCUCAUUUGCUAUCCCCUGCCAUGAUAUUGCUGGAAUAUCGCUACAAGUGACAUAAAACAGUACUCUCUUCCUGAUGAUGUACAGGACUGCUGUGACAAGUUAGUGAUGUCCUUUAAUACAACUGCAGUUGCUAUGGUUACUAGAGUUGUCAUCAUCACUCAGCUGAUGUGGAAUGUAUUGUGAUAACAUUGGACAAGUGAAUGGAUGAAGUGACUCCUUGCAUCACAAUGGACUGAAACGUUUAGCUGUGGUAUACAUCAGCCUUGUAUUUGUACACCAUCCUUUUGUCUUGUGGAACUUGUUGAAGCCAGGUGCCCAUCCAAACAUAGUCUGUUUGUGUACCUUCUUUGUACCUAUUGGAUGUGAUGGACAAGACAAAGAUGCCUCCACCAAGAUAAUUCUGGUGUUUACGAGUAUCUAUUGGAUCUGAUGGACAAAACAAACUUGCCUCCACCAAGAUAGGUCUUGUGUUUAUCUUUUGGAUCUGAUGGACAAAACAAACUUGCCUCCGCCAAGAUAGGUCUAGUGUCUAUCUAUUGGGUCUGAUGGACAAAACAAACUUGCCUCUGCCAAGAUAGGUCUGGUAUCCAUCUAUUGGAUCUGAUGGACAAAACAAACUUGUUUCCACCAAGUUAGGUCUGGGGUUUAUCUUUUGGAUCUGAUGGACAACUCAAAGGUGCCUCCACCACAAUAAAUCUGGUGUUUAUGUCUACUGGAUCUCAUGGACAAUACAAAGGUGCCUCCACCAAGAUAUAAGCCUUUGUGUCAAGUAGAGCUUAUGGACAACGCAGAUGCCUGUUCCAUUUUCCUUUCUGACCAUGACAAGUGAAGUGCUUCAUGACAUUUGAAACAUGACAGUUUCAGUUACAGAUAGAAUAUAGUUGCCAGCUCCAUCAAGUUUUGAGCUAGUACAUGUGUGGAACUGUUAUCUGAUUAUUGCCAGGAGCACAUGGACGCCAGGCCUGGGUGAAUGAGUGAAACAUGUUAACGUGUUUUAGUUUUCUAUAGCCUCCUUUACAUGGGGCAUGUAAAACUUUAAGAUCACAAAAGAAAUAUUUAUGUCGGGUGCCUGAUGUCUGUGAUAUUCCUAGGUCACAAAUAUUUUGCCAAUGUGUAAGCAUCUUAACCUCUUAGUGAUUGACUUUACUUCCUCAUUGGAGGACUCAAACUCUGCUGUUUUUGAAGUUGCAGCAUUUUACUUAUGAAAAGGUUCUGCAUUUCAUUAUGGAGGUAUUAUCAGAAAGGCAAGAAUUUUAUGGAUGUCAACUUCUUUAUUGUGAUCGACACGAUGUUUCGGAGUAUAUUCUUACUCCUUCAUCAGGUGAAAUGAAGACAUUUAUUGAGGAAGGACUUGCUUCAGGAGAAUAUAUAGAAAUGUUGACAAAAUAAAAAAUGUCUGAAGAUGAUUUGUUAAACAUUUGGUGCAUGUUUUGGUGAUCUUUCACUGCAAAACCAUGACAUUGUCACAAUUCAAUUAAACACGAAAGUAUACUUCUAAAAAAAAUUCAAGAACACUCAAUAUUGCUGUAGUUACUAAAGAACAUAUCAUGUCUUUAACAUCUUUUGUGUAUAACAGAUUUUUUUAUUUGGGAUUACACUUUCUUAGUAAAGUACAAAUUCUAGUACUUUAGUCCCAUCCGAGAUUCGUACCCACACCCUCAGAGUAAGGCACCUAAUUGCCAGCUUACAAAGUCAGCCAUCUAACCCACUGCAACUUCCUCUUGUGGUGAUUAGUUGCACGAUCUGAGGGUGUGGGUUCAAAUUCCUGAGGGGACUCACCCUAACAAAAGAACUAGACUUUGUUCUUUACUAAGAAAGUGUAAUCCCAAAUAUAACAUAUGCAACAUUUGACCACUUUCUAAAUGGCAUUUUGUAAUCAUAUCUUUAGAGCAGUGAAUCAUACUGAAAAAUCUGUUAAGUUCUGUGAGCCAAAAGAACCCAAACCCUCCAGUAUCUGUGCUUAUCAGGUGGACAUUUGUUUUCCUUCCUUGAAUUAGCACCAAGUUAAAAAUUAUGAAUUUUAGACCAUAUCCUACACGUGGGUUUUACCAUCAUGGACAUCAAGUUACCUUUUUAUCACAUUGUUUCUUAGUCAUGAAAUGUAACACAAAGAAAAGUAGCUUUGAUCUUUGGUAAUAUUAACAGGCUGUUACACAUGCACAAUUUUACGCCACAGAUUUUCAGUGAAGUAGAUCCAAAACCAUCAAAUGGAUUCAGAUUUAUUUUAAUAGUCUAUGAAAAUGGAAUAUCAGAUGAAUUGGGUAAUUUCAUGUAUCAAAUCUUUCAGGUUAAGGAUCGUGUUGCAGUUUAUCUAAAUGAAAGAAGUACCAUGAAAUGUCAUUUUUCUAAGAACCUUUUACAGAUUUAAUAGAACAUGUAACUCUUCUUCCUUAAUCUUUAUACUGAAGCAAUCUGUCUCUUCUGUAGAUUUGUGUAUUUUAAGAUGUAAAAGCAUUUAUGAUGUGAUAUAGUUGUGCUCUGCCUCACGCAGCUGAUAAAUUGUACAGAUCUCCACAAGUGCCUUGCAGCCAGUGUUAUAUACAAUCUUCAAGAUGAAUAAAGGAAUGAAAUUAAAA